AUGACUUCCAACCGACAAUAUGACUUGGUCUUGCUGGGCCCAACUGGCUACACUGGCCGAUUCUGUGCAGAGCACAUUGUGCAGAACCUUCCUACCGAUCUGAAAUGGGCUAUUGCAGGUCGCUCCGCGCAGAAAAUCGAGCCCAUCGCCCAGGAACUAAAGGCUAUUAACCCAGAUCGCGUGAACCCAGAUGUCCUGGUUGUUCAACUGAACUCUACCGAGCUCAGCGAGCUUGCCCAGAAAACGCGGCUGGUUAUCAAUUGUGUGGGUCCAUACCACUUGUAUUCGACCCCAGUCGUGGAGGCAUGUGCUGUCAAUGGAACUCACUAUGUGGAUGUUACCGGAGAAACACCCUGGGUCAAGUCGAUCAUUGAAAAAUACCACGAAACAGCCAAGGCCAAUAACUCUAUUAUAAUCCCUUGUACUGGUGUUGAGAGUGUCCCAGCUGAUAUACUGGCAUGGGCUCUGGUCAAGCGAGUCCGAGAAGACCUUUCGUCUUCAACCCGCCAGAUCAACAGUACGAUCAAGGAGAUGGUAUCUUCCGGUCCCAGCGGCGGCACUCUGAGUACUGUUUUAACCACCUUCGAGAGCUUCUCAAUGUCCGAGCUAUCCAAGUCGAUGACUCCCUUCGCAUUAGCAGCAUCCCCGCCACCAAAGAACAUCCCCGGCGAGUCAAUCCUGGCAAAGCUCUUUGGCGUACGCUCAAUUCGCGACCUUGGUACCGUGACAACCUCCCCGUCCGGUAUUUGCGAUAUGACCGUCGUCCACCGCAGCAGCAGCCUGAUGCCGGAGUUGUACGGGCAGAACUUCGUCUUUCAUCAGUUCUUGUCAGUCCGCAACGCGCUGAUUGGCGUCGCCAUCCACAUCGGCUUCUUGAUUGCAGUUUCGCUGCUUGCGCUACCACCGGUCCGCUGGCUGGUGCGGAAGUUCGUCUUUGCUCCUGGCACUGGCCCGCGCAGAGAAGACUCGAAAAAUGACAUUCUUGAGUACCAUGCCAUUGCUACUGCGGAUAGUCCUUCACCACAGCGCGUGUUCGGUAAGAUCACUUACCACGGCGGCAUGUACCCCUUCACUGGAUUGCUGCUAGCUGAGGCUGCUAUGGUCAUUCUUAAUGAGGAGGAUAAGAUCAAGAAGGUCUCGCGUGGUGGCAUUGUUACUCCCGCUACGCUAGGUCAGGACUAUGUCGACCGCCUGGAGAAGGUCGGCUGCAAAAUCGAGACUAAGCUGUUUCAGUACUAA